GUAACCUGUAUCAUAACUACUCAGAGAACAAAUCUUCUGCAGACCCCAAACAAAAUUCUCUUCUUCUUUAGUACAAUGGCAUCCCAUAGGAACUCCAUUUCGCGUCCCUUGAAGCGCUUCAUGUCCCUCUUUUUCCUGGCCAUUACAAUCACCUCUGCAACCUCAGCCCGAAUCCUUGAAGCAGAAACAAGUUCCAAUGACGAAACUGAGUCCACUGUACCUCCUGUGGCCGCGUCCACCACUGCAACAGGCGGAGCAGCUAUAGGCCAUGACCAUCCGCUUACAUUUUUCAUGCACGACAUAUUAGGGGGCACGAAUCCUUCUGCUCGAGCAGUCACUGGAAUUGUCAACAACCCUGCCCUCAACGGUCAAGUCCCUUUCGCAAAGCCUAAUGGUGCAAACUUUGCUAUUAACAAUGGCGUUCCAUCAACCAGUGGCAACAGUGGACUUUUGGACAACAAUAACAUCCCCUUCCUCACCGGCCUUGGCAGAAGCACGUCUAACGUCAUCCAAAACAACAAUGGCGGAUCCGGCCUCUUCAAUGGCGGUCAAUUUCAGGGACCUGGAGCAGACUUGAGGAAGCUCAUGUUCGGAACUAUCACUGCCAUCGAUGAUGAACUAACAGAGGGACACGAACUCGGGUCAGGCCUAGUCGGGAAGGCACAAGGAUUCUACGUAACGAGUUCAGGAGAUGGAAAUAGCCAGACAAUGGCAUUCACUGUUAUGUUCGAGAGCGGUGGUUAUAAGGACAGUUUAUGUCUGUUUGGUGUUCACAGAAGUGCAGUUUCGCAGUCUCAGAUUGCGGUCAUGGGGGGUACUGGCAAGUAUUUGAAUGCAAAGGGAUACGCCACGAUCAAGAAUAUUGCAGAUGCUAAUCCUCAGAUUAAUAAUGGGAACACUGAUGGAUUGGAAACUGUGUUGGAGAUUACUCUCUAUCUUGCUUAUUAGUGUGUGACUGUGUGUUCAUUCCUUUUCUUUCUCCUUUGUAAUUUAUGUUCAUGUACUUUGAAAUUCGGAUAUAUGCAUGCCUGCUUGCUUGAUCUUGUC